CAAAAGGCAGAUCAAUAGGCGGGCGUCCUGCUGGUGGCUGUGACUGCCCGCGGCGGCGCGCCAUUCCUCGCCCGACCGUCGCCCGUGCGCCUGCCGCCCGCCGCUCCCGACUACUCGACACGCGCGACGUCAGAUGGAGAAUAAACACUGGAUGUGGCUGGUCGGCGGCCUCGUGCUGCUGUCCAUGGCAGUCGCCUCCGACGGCGAGGUGUGGGAGGAGAGCGACCACGAGGUGCUGAUUCGAAGUGAGAGGGGCGCCAAAAACAGAGAAAACUGUCGUUACACGAAGAGCGCUUGGUCCGAGUGCGAUUCGAAAACCAACGUGCGGGCCCGCACACUCACUCUCAAGAAGGGCGACCCUGCUACUUGCGAACGCACCAAGACCAUUCAGAAGAAGUGCAAAAAAGCUUGCCGCUAUGACAAGUCAUCCUGGAGCGAGUGCAGCCCCAACGGCGAGAUGUCCCGGACCGACAUGCUAAAGGCCAACAGUGAUCCGACCUGCGAGAAGAACAGGCGUGUCACCAAGAAGUGCAAUAAGAAUAAACAGGUCAAGACCUCCAAAGAUAAGGGUCGCCGAAAUCGCCAGUAAACGUCAGCAGAGGCGUAAUCUAUUAGACUAAUGUUUUCAUUAAUAAUGAUGUUCGUUCGUUGGUUCUAAUUUAUGUAAUAGUGCCAAAAUAGAUUGAUACAGUUGAUCAGCUAUUUCUUACGACUUUCAUUGGUAUUAAACGAAUUAGCUGCAAUAUAACAGUACAAUCUGUAUCUUAAUAUUUGAAGUGUAAUAUGGAUAUUCUAGUACCUAUUCAUUUUAUUAUCACUGAUAAGUCUUUGAUAUUAAAAUAAAUAAAUAAACAAGUACUUAA